GAGAGGUGUCAUGUCUCAAUCAUAUGCUAUGCUCAAAUGCUAUGGAUCUUGCUCGAUGUCCUACGGAGGACAUCGACCUCGAUGGAUGUCAACUCGAACGACGUUGAGCCAAAAAGUAGCUCAUGACAAUGAGGAGCUUCGCCUCCGGACUCCAUUCAUCGCUCUGCAUAAGCCAGUAGAAGGGCUCUAUGCCAUGAAUGGGGGAGAUGGACUUCAUAGCUAUGCCCAAAACUCAUCCCAUCAGAGAGGAGUAGUAGAUGUAGCAAAACCAAUCAUCCAGGAAGAGAUUAUCAUUAAACUUGACAUCGAACAAUUGUAUUCGACUAGCCAAUACAACUUUCGUAUUGCGGAUUUCGGCUGCUCCACAGGACACAAUUCAUUUCCUGCCAUUCAAAUCAUUAUCCAAGCCAUUGAGAAAAAAAUUGAAAGAGAGAGACAAUUACAAAAUUUCGAUUAUCAAGUGUUUUUUAAUGAUCAAGUGAUGAACGAUUUUAACACCCUUUUUGCUUCACUUCCACCUGAGAGAAAGUACUGUGCAGCUGGAGUACCCGGUCCCUUUCACGGUCGACUAUUGCCCAAGGAUUCCCUUCAUUUUGCAUAUUCAUCGUGUGCACUAAACUGGCUGUCGGAGGUGCCCAAAGCAGUACAAGACCGCACAUCUCGUGCAUGGAACGAAGGAAAAGUACAUUAUACGGGUGCUAAAAAGGAAGUUUUCGAUGCCUAUUCGAAUCAAUAUGACAAGGACAUUACAUCUUUCUUGAAUGCAAGGGCAACGGAGGUGGUGAGUGGAGGGCUAAUGGCCUUUCUUGUUCCUGCUGUCCCAACUUUCGAUCAUUCUGAGACUACGUACACUACCCCGACAGAGAUGGAUGUCUUGGGAUCUUGCCUCAUGGACAUGGCAAACAAGGGACGACUGAGCAAAGCGAAAGUAGACUCGUUCAACUUUCCUUUGUACUUCACAAUCCCAAAUGAAUUAAAGGCCAUAAUCGAAAGGAACAAUAAUUUCAGUAUAGAAAGAAUGGAGAUAUUGAACAACCCUGGGAAGCACAGUUUACGCAGUGCCAAUGAGCGCGCAUCAUAUCUCAGGGCUGUCUUUGAGGGAUUGCUGGUCAAUCAAUUUGGAAGUGGAAUCAUGGAUGAAUUGUUCGAGCGUUAUGCUAACAAACUUGAAGAGUCGUCCCAUUUCUUGGACCCUGACAACGAGAAAUCAAUCAUAAUACUAGUCCUGCUCAAGUGUACGGGUGACAAAUGAGCUUGGUAUUGAUAGAAUUGGAAAUUACAUUCAUAAAAAUUGUAUUUAAGCUUGCAAAAUAAAGGACUCUAUCCACGAAGAAUAUAAGAUUUGUCAAAAGUUCUGUUACGUACAAGAUGGAAUUGCGAGAAUAAUUAAUGGAACUUGAAAUCCAUUUU